AUGGAUGCCCCCGUGAAAGCUCUCAGAAAACAAACCAAGCGUCUUCGCCAGACAAAGCAGAAGUCGGUGACCUUUACAGGGUCCCGGAAGGUCAAAUGUGACGAGCGUCAGCAAAAUGGAUGUGGAGUCUGCCAGAAAUCUGGUUUAGAAUGCGCCGGUUACGGUGUAAAUCUGUGCUGGAUGUCAGAUAAGAAGGGAGAACUUCAAGGCCUGCGACGCAGGCAGAUGAGACUAGGUGAGUCUGAGCCCUCUUCCAAAGGCACAUUCGUUGAUGCAAUUCUAAAUCAGAACAAUCCACCUCUCCUAGCAUUUCGGAUGACGAGCUCAACCGAAUUAUAUCCUCUCUUGACGCGAUUUCAACGCCGUCGCGCACCGUCAGUAUAG